GCUGGUCGCUCCGCCAUGGCGGCCUCGCUGCUCCUCCGGGCCGUCCGCCGCCGAGAGCUCGCGGCGCCCCUCGGGACCUUGACUGCCAACGUCCAAUCAGCGUAUGGCGCAAAUGUGUGCUCGAGAUUCGGUAGUUUUGCAAGAGCUUUCAGUGCAAAGCCUACUGGAAAUGAGGUUAUUGGAAUUGAUCUGGGAACAACUAAUUCAUGUGUAUCUGUUAUGGAGGGAAAGAACGCGAAGGUGAUCGAAAAUUCAGAAGGCGCCAGGACAACACCGUCAGUUGUUGCAUUUUCUCAGAAGGGAGAGCUACUCGUGGGAACUCCAGCCAAGCGCCAAGCAGUGACCAACCCACAGAACACCUUCUUUGGCACAAAGCGUAUGAUAGGGCGGCGCUUUGAUGACCCGCAGACACAGAAGGAGAUGAAGAUGGUGCCAUAUAAGAUUGUGAAGGCUCCAAAUGGAGAUGCUUGGGUUGAAACUACAGAUGGCAAGCAGUACUCGCCGAGCCAGAUUGGUGCAUUUGUGUUGACCAAGAUGAAGGAGACAGCUGAAUCUUACCUUGGCAAGUCUAUUACCAAGGCUGUGAUUACUGUUCCAGCAUAUUUCAAUGAUGCUCAGCGUCAGGCAACCAAGGAUGCUGGUCGUAUUGCUGGGCUUGAUGUUGAGAGGAUCAUCAAUGAGCCAACUGCUGCUGCUCUGUCUUAUGGAACAAACAACAAGGAGGGUUUGAUUGCUGUGUUUGACCUUGGAGGAGGAACCUUUGAUGUCUCCAUUCUAGAAAUCUCCAACGGAGUGUUUGAGGUCAAAGCAACUAACGGUGACACUUUCCUGGGUGGAGAAGACUUCGACAAUACUCUGUUGGAAUACUUGGUGAGUGAGUUCAAGAGGACUGAAGCUAUUGAUCUUUCGAAGGAUAGAUUGGCCCUGCAGAGACUGCGUGAAGCAGCUGAGAAGGCGAAGAUUGAACUCUCCUCGACAACCCAGACUGAUAUCAAUCUUCCUUUCAUCACUGCUGAUGCCUCUGGAGCAAAACAUUUGAACAUCACAUUGACAAGAUCAAAAUAUGAAUCCUUGGUGAAUAGUCUGAUUGAGAGGACUAGGGAGCCAUGCAAGAGCUGCUUGAAGGAUGCUGGUAUAACUGUUAAGGAUGUAGAUGAGGUCCUUCUUGUCGGUGGAAUGACAAGGGUUCCAAAGGUACAGGAAGUAGUUUCUGAAAUCUUUGGUAAGGCACCUAGCAAAGGAGUCAACCCAGAUGAAGCUGUGGCCAUGGGUGCCGCUAUUCAGGGUGGCAUUCUCCGUGGAGAUGUGAAGGAGCUUCUUCUCCUUGAUGUUACCCCUCUGUCACUUGGUAUUGAGACUCUUGGUGGCAUCUUCACCAGACUGAUUGGCAGGAACACUACGAUCCCCACAAAGAAAAGCCAGGUGUUCUCAACUGCUGCUGACAACCAGACGCAAGUGGGUAUUCGUGUGUUGCAAGGUGAGCGUGAGAUGGCGUCAGACAACAAGCUUCUUGGUGAGUUUGAUCUUGUUGGCAUUCCACCAGCACCAAGGGGUGUGCCACAGGUUGAGGUCACAUUCGACAUCGAUGCCAACGGGAUCGUGACAGUCUCCGCCAAAGACAAGGCAACCGCAAAGGAGCAGCAGAUCACCAUCCGGUCCUCUGGUGGCCUCUCUGAGGCUGAGAUCCAGAAGAUGGUCCACGAGGCUGAGCAGCACUCCCAGAAGGACCAGGAGAGGAAGACCCUCAUUGACCUCAGGAACACCGCAGACACCACCAUCUACAGCAUCGAGAAGAGUCUGGGAGAGUACAGAGACAAGGUCCCUGCAGAGGUUGUGUCCGAAGUUGAGUCAGCUGUCGCCGAGCUCCGCAAUGAGAUGGCCUCGGAUGACAUCGAGAAGAUCAGGGCCAAGAUCGAUGCGGCCAACAAGGCUGUUUCGAAGAUUGGGCAGCACAUGACUGGUGGCGGCGGGGCUGGUGGCUCGCAGACAGGAUCUCAGGACGGGGGUGACCAGGCUCCCGAGGCAGAGUAUGAAGAGGUCAAGAAGUGAGUUGUCUUGAGGUGAUGUUUCGCCUGUGGUACAAUAGGUAGUUUUUUGAGGAGCUCUCGAGAUGGUAGAAUUACGUGCGCUGUAAUAAUUCUCUGUGCGUUUUGUCUCGUGAAACAUCGUAGUAAGUUGGAAGGGCGACCAGCUGUGAUGAUCCUAGUUGUAGCUCAGGGUUGUGGGUGGGUAUGUGCUGAGGCGAGUUGGACGUUGUCUACUUCAUCCCUGUUAUCACUGAACCUGAUGCCUAGUGGUAAAUUUAGA